UUAAUUAAUGCCUCGGGUAGCACAUGUUGUACACAGUUCAGCCCGCUCCAUCCUGAAAGCAUCUUCACACACUUGCCGUAGUCCCGUGACAUGUUCUGUGACGCAAAUCUCCCAUUUUGUUUCAGCCUCAUUCUUCUGUUUCUGCAAUGCGUGAGAGGAUUGCAGGGUUUCUUUGAAGCAGUAGGGAAUUUAGACUUCGCCAGGAUGUGAUUUGUCUUUUGCAGUCCUGUCUGUCUCAUCCAGGGGUUAAGCCUGCUGCAGCAGUGCUACCUGACUCAGCACUGCAAGAAGACGAACAGAUGGAGCGAUCGAGUUGUAGAGCGAAGAGGGAGAGACUGAUUACUCUUAAAUACUGAGCACCAGAGGGGAUACAAGCCUCCUUGUUGGUGUCAUCACCUUCCUCUUAUUUGAAGACCUCUCUUUGGAGUAUUGAAGUUGUGGACGUCUUGGAGGAUUUCUUGUGUUUUGGUGUUCGUAUGCAUUAUUAAUCCAGCGCUAAUGAGCUGUGGAAAGGAUGUGGUUAGCUGAUGGAGCACCUGCUGGGCACACAGAUGGGCUCAGACGCGACGCUCUCACUUCCUCACGCCCCCCAUCACCUUUGUGCCAGGAGCAGUCUCCAAGGGAUCAACCGGAGAGCCCGGUGAUAAAAGAUCUUGGGGCACAGGUGGGCGCGGGGGUGCCGUCUGAGUCAGGACUAAUGACAUGGCUCAUCUAAGAGUUCUGGACUGCAUGGUCAGCCACAAAUGGAGUCGGAUAUGUGACCUUUACUGUGCUUUUAACAGUCAGGCCAAACAGAAGGAUGGUUGUGAGCGCAGCGAGGCAUCGGCUCUGUCUCCGGCCACUGAAGAAGAGCCCUUCUCAUGGCCGGGGCCUAAAACAUUGCACCUCCGCCGCACCUCUCAUGGCUUUGGCUUCACGCUCCGUCACUUCAUUGUGUACCCACCCGAGUCAGCCGUGCAGUCUUCUCUCAAGGAUGAAGACAAUAGCAGCAGAGGGAGACAGCGGAACAGACUGGAGCCGAUGGACACCAUCUUUGUCAAGCAGGUGAAAGAGGGUGGCCCCGCGCAUGGAGCUGGACUCUGCACAGGGGAUCGCAUUGUAAAAGUCAAUGGAGAAAGCAUCAUCGGAAAAACGUAUUCCCAAGUAAUUGCCCUUAUACAGAACAGUGACACGUCUCUGGAGCUCUGUGUGAUGCCAAAAGAUGAAGACAUUUUACAGCUGUUCUCCAGGGAUAUCACAGCUCUGGCCUAUUCUCAAGAUGCUUACCUCAAAGGAAACGAGGCAUAUAGUGGAAAUGCCCAGAACAUCCCAGAGCCACCUCCAAUAUGUUACCCACGGAUAGAGCCCAAUGCCUUGGCCAUGGCACAGGUGUCAGAGCCUUCACGCUCUGCUGAGAUCUCAUGUGGAACUAGACAAGGAGUAAAUCAUUGCUACAAGCCGGACAUAGGUUGCCGCACCAAUAUCCUUGUAUCUUCCCCUACCGCAUCCCAAACUCCGCUGGUCCCUAACACCCAAACUGUUGUGCGUGUAUUUAAUGAGAACAUUAGGACAAUGGUAGCAUCGCCCGAAUCUACAGACCGAAUUACACAUGUGGCCUGGGCUGGUCCCAGCCACAGGAAGGAGGACAGUCAGUAUGUGGAUUCAGCAGACCCAAGCUUUAACAGGUCCAAAAACCACAUCUCUUCAUCUCCAACUGGGGCAGCACAAUCACAAAACAAACCCAACAGAACUGCAGAGUCCACUGGAUUAUCCGACCUUACGCCCAGAACUGCACAGACUUGCAUAGACACAAAGCCUUUAUCAUCCCACAGACAUGCCCUAACCACAACAGCAGAAACCAUCCCGUCAGCCACAUCUCCCACCCCUUACACACCCUCUCCUCCACCUGCCACCCCUUCCCCCUGCUCCCCUCAUCAGAACAUAGACUGGAGGAACUACACCACCUACAAGGAGUAUAUUGACAACAAACGGCUUUACAUGUAUGGCUCCCGGACUAUUCAAGAGCGUCUUGACAGUCUGCGAGCCGCAUCCCCAUCCGGUACAGGUGAAUACAGCAAGCAGAAGAGCGCGUCAACAACAGCUACGCCCUCACGGGGCUUCUCUGGAUCACAGCUGAGACGGAGGAGUGCCUCACAUGAUCGGAGUUAUCAGGUAUCCAGUGUGCUGCCACUGCGUAGCGCCUCUCAGGAGAGGCUUGGUGGUGCCGAUCGGGCUUCUCCAGCACGGAAAUGGCCUCGUAGUGCUUCCCAGGAUGCCCUCCCAUCAGCCUCUAUAGGUAUCCCGAAACCCAGAGCAUAUUCUUGCGGCUGCCUGAGCAGACAGAAUGAUAAUGCCACAUCCACUUUGGACAGGCAGGCAUGCUGCAGAACUGAGACAGAUGAGUGGCUACUCAUGCACAGAGGGGAUGAGGCAAGAGCAAGCAGGCAGUCCUCUUCCUUACGCAUGGUGCCUCACAGAACACAGGGUGCGUUUAACACAGACAGACGAGGGGGUAGUUACCCAGGGUUGCCCAUCACCCCUCUCUUUAAUAGAGGUACAGAUUCUUUGCUCAGUUCCAGAGCUGAAAGCCUGGGUAAUACCUCUGCAUCUUCCAUAAACAGACCCUCACUGCUACCUGCGAAAAAUUAUGUCUCAGACCCUUCCACUGCUGCUGCUUCUUAUAUAGCUUCUGCCCUGGCCUCAAUACAAGGCCACAUCAGUGGUAGCUCCAGCACAGGCCCCGUCAAAGACCAAAGAACACCUCUUACUGCCAACCACAUGUCCCACAAUGCAAAGCAGUUACAGCCCAGGGGGCGGGCUGACAGCCUUCAGGAGCCCAUCAGAGAGGUAGUUCGUGGAGGUCGCUCUUCUUCUUGUUCUGCCGCCUCUAAACCCCAUAGAACAAAGCAGGGUGGAUACAAGCCCAUAUUGACCAGGAACGGAUCAGUUCCUCAGGAACCUACGUACAUAGAACCGCAACCCCAAGCCAAUGAGAAGACAGGGGAGGGCAUUGAGGGUCCAGAUGCCACUGUAGUUGUGGUUCGGAGGGAGAAGUCUGGAUCUCAACCUAUCCGCCACCCUUCCUACAUUCUGGCAGUGAAUGAAACGGAGAGAGGGCCAGAACCACCUGCAGACUCCAACGAAUGCUGGCUGCCCAACGAUACCCGGCGAGAAAUGCACAUGAGAAAGCUAGGAGACCAGUGUAAAACCUCCAUCUCAAGCAACCUCGAUGACUCACUGGACUCCAUUCCCUUCAUUGACGAGCCAUCAAGCUCCAGUAACGACCAUGACACCGCACACAUUCCCGCAUCUGCCGUGAUUUCCAGCACGCCUAUCAUCACCACCAUCCCACCUAGUCCAACUUCCCCUACUCCCAUAAUACGCCGACAGCUGUCCCACGACCAGGAUUCUUUGCGACUCACGAUUUUGGAAUCAGAUUCUAAAACGGAACGUUCCAGAUCCUUCGAUGAGGGCUUGGAUAACUACAGAGAAGAAGAGAGAGGGCGGUCGAUGAAACACACCCAUGGAUUCAAGGGCCUUAGAAAGGCUGUUGACAGAUCCUCUGAGGACUCUGGCUCUAGGAGAGGCUCUACUUCAGAUGUCUUCACUGAUGCCACAAAGGAGGGUCCACUUCAUUUCCGGCAGCUCAACUCAGAUAAGGGAAAGCGUGUUGGCAGUGGUAUGCGGUCAUGGAAGCAGAUCUAUGCUGUGCUUCGUGGCCACUGCCUCUACCUGUACAAGGACAAGAGGGAUGGACAAACCAACUCUCAGAUCGAAGAAGAGCCUCUGCCAAUCAGCAUCAAAGCCUGUCUGAUUGACAUCUCAUAUAGUGACACAAAGCGGAAGAACGUUCUGCGGCUGACAACGUCAGACUGUGAAUACUUGUUCCAGGCGGAAGACCGUGAGGAAAUGCUGUCCUGGAUCCGAGUCAUUCAAGAGAACAGCAACUUGGAUGAAGAGAAUGCAACUGUAACUAGCACAGACCUCAUCAACCGAAAAAUAAAGGAGUACAACACUCUAAUGAGUCCACCCAGCAGCAAGACAGAACCCUCACCCAGGGCGUCCCGUCAGUCCCUAAGCAUAAGGCAGACGUUAUUGGGCAGUAAAGGGGAGAAUAAAGCCACAAGCCCUCACUCACCAAACAAGGACCACGACAGGAAAGCCAUGCACAAAGAUGAAACCAGCCCACCCAAGGAUAAGGGCACAUGGCGGAAGGGCAUCCCUGGUCUGAUGAGAAAGCCAUUUGAGAAGAAAUCGUCUCAUGGAAUCACAUUCGGAGUAAGACUAGAUGACUGUCCUCCAGCCCAGACCAACAGAUUUGUCCCUCUGAUAGUUGAAGUGUGCUGUAAGCUGGUAGAAGAACGAGGACUGGAAUACACUGGCAUUUACAGAGUGCCAGGAAAUAAUGCCGCCAUCUCCAUCAUGCAGGAAGAGCUUAAUAACAAAGGCAUGGGUGACAUUGAUAUUCAGGAUGAUAAAUGGAAAGACUUGAAUGUGAUCAGCAGUUUACUCAAAUCCUUCUUCAGGAAACUUCCUGAACCCCUCUUCACUAACGAGAAGUAUGCAGACUUUAUUGAUGGCAACAGAAUUGAGGAUCCUGUAGAGAGACUCAAAGUGCUCAAGAGACUGCUUCACGAGUUGCCUGAUCAUCAUUACGAAACACUGAAGUUCCUCUCGGCACAUCUCAAGACUGUGGCUGAAAACUCGGAAAAGAACAAGAUGGAGCCACGGAAUCUGGCCAUUGUGUUUGGCCCAACACUGGUGAGAACAUCUGAAGACAAUAUGACUCACAUGGUGACACACAUGCCAGACCAGUACAAGAUUGUAGAAACGCUCAUUCAGCAUUACGACUGGUUCUUUACUGAGGAUGGUGACAAGGAGCCUACGACUACGGUCCAGGAGGAGAGUGCUGUGGAGUCUCAGCCUGUGCCUAACAUUGACCACCUGCUGACUAACAUCGGCCGGACUGGCACCUCUCCAGGGGAAGUGUCAGAUUCACCAACCAGUGACUCUGCUAAAUCUAAGGGCUCCUGGGGAUCAGGGAAGGACCACUGCAGUCGCGAGUUCCUUCAGCCACGAGUCUCCUCCAUUUUUGCUGCGGCCAACCGCAAACGAAAGAAGCACAAGGAGAAGCUGCAACCCAGCAGCUCUGAUGACGACCUUGACACCAUAUUCACCAAGAAAGAUAACCCAACUCAAAAGCAGAACCGCCAAAGCCAGGAGGAGGUGGCAGGCAGGUCCAGCCCAUGCGGAAAAUUGCUUGUUGGAGAGAAGAAGAACGGCAUAAGUGCAGAGUCCACCCCGAAGAACAAGAAAGAGUACAGAAACUCUUUCUUUAUGAAAGACAAACCCUCAUCAUCUUUCUCCCCCUCGCCCAAGCUCUCAUAUUCACCUGUCAACCGCCGCACCUCUGGUCCUCCCAGAUCCACCCUCUCAGAUCCUUCCUCACAGUUAGACGAGACUACGUCAGACUUGGGCACCAUGAGCUCUGGAGCCUCUGUACCCAGAACCAGACCUCGGAAAUGGGGAACAACAUCACCGGCCCUUGAGCAAUUACCCGCUCCUGGGGGAGCUUCGGUAACUGCAGAAGUGAGCUCUAUUACAUCGGACUACUCAACCACUUCCUCUACCACCUUUCUGACAGGAGUGGAAUCCAUCACAUUAAGUCCAGAGGUGCAGUCCGUGGCAGAAAGCCGGGGAGGAGAUGAGGCAGAUGACGAGCGAAGUGAGCUCAUCAGUGAGGGACGACCGAUGGAAACGGACAGCGAGAGUGACUUCCCAAUAUUCAGCCCUGGCAUCGCUGGACUAGACAUACAAUCCACAGAAGAUGGCAGUAGCAGCACACCCAAACUAGCUUCCCGCUUGCUGCCCUCCCAUAAGCUGAUAGAAUGCGACUCUCUGUCCAGGAGGCGAUCCCUGAGACAAAAGACGGACAGCGAUUCAUCUGUGGAGGCGGGGGCUGGUUGCAAUCAAGGGGUCAGCAAGAAUGAAUCAAAUAGACUGUCUAGAGUUCUGGAGGUGAUGAAGAGAGGCCGUUCCACCGGAAGCCUGAGUGCCUCGUUGCGUACUGAAUCGGACCGCGUGGAGCCAGCGUGGCAUCUUAAAAUCACAGAGAGACUCAAGUCCCGUCUACGUGCCUCUGCUGAUGACAUGUUUGGUGUUGGCACGCAAAAGUCCCGCUCUACGGAGACGCGUGGUAAGAAAAAGGGCAUCCGUCGACGGCAUACUAUGGGUGGCCAGCGGGAUUUUGCUGAAUUAGAUGUCAUUCAUGACUGGAGGGAACAGGGCGGGGUGGACCAAGGUGCCGAACUGUCUGCUGUGGAGCGCCUCAGACCCAAGUGUGACUCUCAGGACGUAUCUAUCCGGAACUGGAUUGCUCGUGAGCGUCGUCGAACUGAGGGCUCCCAGGCCAGUCUAGAGUUGAAAGGUCGAGAUGGGAUAGAGACAGCAGAAAUGGAAGAGACCCAUGCAGGGAGCGCUGAGCGACUGACUCCUUCUGCUUCUCCGUGUCCCCAGUCCAGCUCUGAACAAGUAAACGGUGGCACGUCAAAGGGCAAAUCCAGAAACAGUCUGAAUUCUGGAGCUGAUGCUCAUCCACAAAAAUUGUCAGGAGCCCAAGUGGUGCGCUCCCGAUUCUACCAAUAUCUUUAAAAGAAAAGAAUAAUCUGCAUGUGUGUAAGAGUGUCAUGUGUGUGUCAAGGCCUGUUCACACCAAAGUGAAUGUUUGGUGUGAAAAUUCAGUACAUUUUCACAUUUCACAGUCAGAAAGUGUUUAGACUGGCAUGGACGUAUGCAUGCCAUCCAUGCGACAAAUGGGCAACCAGUAAGAUUCACGCUGCCAUUACAUAAAGCGACUUGGUUGUGCUCACAAACAGACAAUUUCGCUAAAUUGCAGUGAGGACAAAGUACUUUGUGUAUUGGCGUCACCAGUGUGACUGGGGUAUUUCUGCUUUUCUAUAAGCACCUGUCAAAGAGUGAAUUGCCAUUUUCACUCAACCUUUCCUAGUAGCCCCUCAUUGCAGAACGCAAGAUCCAGGGGGCAGGGUUGGAUUCACAUCUAGGGAGUGGAGAUGGUAGGUUUAGGGGUGGAGAUGAGUAGGUUUAGGGGUGGAGAUUGGUGAGUUUAGGGAUCAGGGGCUAGAGACGGGUAGGUUUAGGUAUAUGUAAAGUGGGAGAAGUUGGAUCUGGAUCCAGCCUUGCCCCCUGGAUCUUGUGUUCCGCACUGAGUACCAUCUCAACCUAUCUGCAGUUUUUAUGUAUUGGUCUGAAAAGACAAAUUAUAUGUGCAAAUCAGGAUGAAUUUUCAUGUCGAACGUGUUGGUGUGAACAGGUCUUAAGUUGAAUGAAUGUACUUAGACAUAAGGUUACUCCAUCUUUAUUUUCCAUCCCCAUGUCCUUUUUUUAAACAAAGUAUCUAUAAAUAUGAAUAUAUAUAUAUAUAUAUAUAUUAUAAAUAUAAAUUGUAUAUAUCUAUAUGUAUAGGCUUAUAAAAAAGUAACUGGAGUAAUUUUAACAACUUUGAGUUAUCUUACUCAUUGUUUUUGGAUCAGUACUGGAGCCGUUUUCUUGAAAGCUAGUAAUAUAUGCAUGACAGUGAAGUGGCCUGAUAUUCAGAGGCUGUACAAUACCAAUGUUUACUGACUGCCUCUGCUGCUGCGACAGCACAGUUUUUCUGACUUGGACAGACAUGCAUUUGCAACUGUUACUGAAGGAUACUAAUAUCAAAGGAAAAGAUAAGACAUCUCGUCCAAGGUUAGGACAAAAAAAAAAAAGAAAACUCCUCAUGUUACUCAUAUGAAGAAUGUAAUAUGCUUGCUGUUAUAUUGACUAACACGUAAAUUGCUUGUUGCAUUUUUCAUUAGUGAAAAAAAUGUAAAUAAUGUCUGUACUUGAAGUAUUUUUUUUAAUUAUUAUUAUUAUUUUGAAGGUUAGCCUUGUUAUGGGCUGUUUUCUGAGCUGUGCGCUGUGGAAAUCCCUUUUACAGUGCAUCAUAACAGCCAGACAUAAAUGUGGAAGAAGAAUGAAAUCUUUUUUUAUAUUUCUACAGGAUUGUGAAAGUAAGUGCUAAAUUGAAAGCACCAGAGCCUGAACAUCUGUAGCAGUACCAGGCUUAAUGGUAUUGUCAUGUUGAACCGUUUUAAUGCAAAGUACAACCUAACAGCAAAUAAGUCAUAAAAUCAAGGAAUUCAGUUUUUCUUACAAAAAAAGUGCCUCUCAACUAGUUCUGGUGACAGGAAAGGUGCCAUUUCUUAAUUUUGUUGUUUGUUAAUAUGGAAAAUGUAUUGUGAAUGAAUGACUGAAUUUUAUCAGAAUAAAAAAAAAAGAAAAAAAGAAAAAUAAAUUUUUAUACAAAACGAUGCAAAAGCAGACCCAGAGCUUCCACUGCUUUAUCAGUCAUAGUCUUAAGUCAUCUCGUGCUUUGCCACUGGAUUCGUCUUGACCCUGGUCUUUUGUAGAGGCAAUAACUUAAAUGUGUAUAUUUUUUUGUGUAUGUUACCUUUGUCAAAAAGUCACAUAUUUUGUCCGAGCUGACCAGUGUAGUAGCCAGCAUGUGAUUCCUCGGGAGAGUAUGCAUGACAUCAUACUUAUGUGUGCGGAUUUCAUCUUACCUCUGAUAUGUGUGACUCCCAACUGCAAAGAAAAAAGAACACUGGAAAUAAAUUAUCUUUGUCA